AUGAACUAUCGCCUGUGUGAUUACAAUCCUAACACGGCUGCUCCCGGAUCAUCGAAUGGGUGCGGAGCCCACACGGAUUAUGGAACCUUUUCCAGUAUCUUCCAAGAUGGCACGCCCGGACUGGAGCUUGAAGAAACCCCUGGCACAUGGGUUCUCGUCCCCGGGGAUGCCACUGUUGUCUUGACUGGUUGGUGUGCGGUUAUCCUAAGUGGUAGCCGGGUUUCCGCCGCCAAACAUCGUGUCUGCCGUUCCCCGGGCGUGCGUCGGUUGAGCGCUGUUUUGUUCGUCGCCCCCGACCUUGACGUGAAAUUGAAGCCUCUGGGUGAUUCUCAGCCGAUCCGAUCUUUCUCCGAGACCAUCAUGCGUGGAGACCUAGAUGUUGAGACCUUCAAGGACGUUAUGGGGAAGAGAUGGCGAUACCGAGAGGGAAACGAAGAGAUGGACAAUGCGGACUCCCUCUCCCAGGAUAACGAGAUUGAGAACAUGGUGUGGGGCUAA